CAAUCGGGGCGCAGCCGGUAGCCGCGGCGCUCGCGCAGCUCCUUCAGUGCUUUGGCUGGGUGUGUGCGCGUGUGUGAGCGACCGACCGGCUCGCGCGCCCCGUUUCGUCGCUUGUCCUGUAACUGCGAUUGCCUCCGUCUGUCCCCGCAUCCUCGCCGCGAGCCCCGGGGUGCUUCAGACUGCAGGCUCACUGCACCGGCUCCCGCACUGAGGAAUGAAUGAAAUGUCAGUCAUUUUGCCUCACCCACCCAGAGCUCCUUCAAGAGAAACGAACACUUUUUGAAAAUGGCAGAAGCCCAUCAAGCAGUAGCAUUUCAAUUUACAGUAACUCCAGAUGGCAUUGACCUGCGAAUGAGCCAUGAGGCUCUCAGACAGAUCUAUCUUUCUGGUCUCCAUUCCUGGAAAAAGAAGUUCAUCAGAUUCAAGAAUGGAAUUAUCACAGGCGUGUAUCCUGCUAGCCCAUCCAGCUGGCUUAUUGUAGUAGUGGGGGUGAUGUCAACAAUGUAUGCCAGAAUUGAUCCUUCUUUAGGAAUAAUAGCUAAAAUCAACCGGACCCUUGAUACAACUGGUUAUAUGUCCAGCCAAACGCAGAACAUUGUGAGUGGGGUACUUUUUGGCACAGGGCUGUGGGUAGCCCUUAUUAUGACAAUGCGAUACUCACUGAAGAUGUUGCUUUCCUAUCAUGGAUGGAUAUUCGCUGAAUAUGGCAAACUUUCCACAGGAACCAAGAUUUGGAUGAGGCUGGUAAAGCUUUUCUCAGGUUGUAAACCAAUGUUGUACAGCUUUCAGACGUCUCUGCCACGACUGCCGGUCCCAGCUAUUGAAAACACUGUAAACAGGUAUCUGGAUUCAGUUCAGCCACUUAUGAAUGAUGAACAGUUCAAAAGAAUGGAGGGUCUUGCCAAAGAUUUUGCAUUUAAUCUUGGACCAAAACUACAGUGGUAUUUGAAACUGAAAUCCUGGUGGGCCACAAACUAUGUUAGCGACUGGUGGGAAGAAUAUAUCUACCUUAGAGGACGUGGGCCAAUUAUGGUUAAUAGUAAUUACUACGCAAUGGACUUUCUGUAUGUUGUUCCCACUUCCCUGCAGGCAGCUAGAGCAGGUAAUGUUAUCCAUGCCAUCCUGCUCUACAGGAAAAAACUGGACAGACAGGAAAUCAAGCCAAUUCUUCUGAUGGGAUCCACUGUUCCACUCUGCUCAGCUCAGUGCGAGCGAAUGUUUAAUACCUCCCGUAUCCCAGGAGAGGAAACAGACACUAUCCAGCACAUGAAGGACAGCAGACACAUUGUCGUGUAUCAUAAGGGCCGUUAUUUCAAAGUCUGGCUAUAUCAUGAUGGUAGACUGUUGAAGCCUCGAGAAAUUGAACAGCAGAUGCAAAGAAUUCUAGAUGACAGUUCAGUACCUCAGGCUGGAGAAGAGAAGUUAGCAGCUCUUACUGCAGGAGAUAGAGUACCCUGGGCUAAGGCUCGUCAGGCCUAUUUUGUACGCGGGAAGAACAAGCAGUCCUUGGAUGCUGUGGAAAAAGCAGCUUUCUUUGUGACUUUGGAUGAAACUGAGCAGGGCUACAGGAAAGAGGAUCCAGUGACUUCAAUGGAUACAUAUGCAAAGUCUCUGCUGCAUGGCAGUUGUUAUGACAGAUGGUUUGACAAAACAUUCACUCUUGUAGUGUUCAAGAAUGGCAAAAUGGGCCUGAACACAGAGCAUUCUUGGGCAGAUGCUCCUAUUGUUGGACACCUUUGGGAGAAUGUUAUGUCUUCUGAUUGCCUUCAACUGGGCUAUACAGAGGAUGGUCAUUGCAAAGGAGACAUCAAUCAAAAUAUUCCUUUCCCCACCAGACUACAGUGGGAAAUCCCAGAAGAAUGCCAAGAAGUGAUUGAGAGGUCCCUGUGCACUGCGAAAUCUCUAGCAGAUGAUGUGGACUUUUAUUCUUUUCCCUUUGAUGCUUUUGGAAAAGGGUUAAUCAAGAAAGCCAAAAUAAGCCCUGAUGCCUUUGUGCAACUUUCCCUUCAGCUUGCUCACUAUCGGGACAUGGGAAAAUUUUGUUUAACAUAUGAAGCCUCUAUGACCCGCCUCUUCAGAGAAGGCAGGACAGAAACAGUGCGCUCAUGUACUACCGAAUCGUGCAAUUAUGUUCGAGCCAUGGAAGAUUCAACCCAAAAUAAUGAAAAGAGGUGUAAACUACUCAGGAUUGCUGCUGAUAAACACCAGCACUUGUAUCGCCUUGCCAUGACUGGUGCAGGCAUUGACCGCCAUCUGUUCUGCCUUUAUGUGGUGUCCAAAUACCUUGGUGUUGAGUCUCCUUUCCUUAAGGAAGUUUUGUCAGAGCCUUGGAGGUUGUCAACAAGUCAGACACCACAGCAGCACAUUGACCUGGAGAAGAACCCUGAGUUUGUAUCCAGUGGCGGAGGCUUUGGACCUGUAAGUUUGGGGUUUUUUAAAACAUGUUUUAUAAUGCAUACUACUUAAACGGGCUUAGUUUGU